AUGCCGUCCGCUCCUAAGCGUCCGAAACCGAAUUCUCCACGAUCUCAAGACAAUCAGCGAGUUAUUUGUUCGUGUCAAAACACGGUUAACGACGAUGCGAAUGCGUUAUGCUGUGAUCGUUGUAAUAAGUGGUUUCACAUUGGCUGCGUGAAUGUGUCCAUUCCGGCAUACAAAGCGUAUCAGACACUUGCUGAUGAAAAACAAUAUUCAAACUGGUUCUGUCCCUCGUGUGAACCAGCAGCCAGAGCCGAUUUACCACCGCCUCAGUGUCUCCAAAUGUUAGCGGCGAGAAUUGACAAAAUUGAGCAUCAGUUAAUCGGAAUUAGUGAUCUACAACAACUGAUUACUUCAAGACUUAAUGAGUUAGUUGAAACAACUGAACGUGAUAAAAGAAACAAAAACAUCGUCGUGAAGAAUAUCUUUCCGGUAGCAUUAAACAGUAAUCGUCCGCCGAUCAUUGGUGUAUCGUUUAACGAUCUGUGCAUUCGUUCGUCUAUUCUAUCCAAAGCCUCUGCUCUCAAAAAGUCAUCGGAUGUUUCUGUCAGGAGUGUUUUUAUUGGUAAACACUUAACCAAACUUCAAUCGCAAUCGGCUUAUGAGACACGUCAACAACGAAAAAUUCAACAAAAUAAUCAUCAACAACAGUCCGCUAAUAAUCAACAACACCUUCAACAACAAUCUGAAAAUAAUCAUCAACAACAACCCGAUAAUAAUCAACAACAAUCGGGUAAUAUUCAACAUCAUCCUCAGCAACAGUCAGCUCAAUCGUAUCCAGAUUCUCCUGCUUCGUUCGUUCAACAGAAAUCGGUUCCUGAUCGUUCUUCGCGUCGUUUAUCUAGAAAUAAUAAUAUUAUUAAACAAAAUCAGGAUCAAAAUUCAUCAUCCCAACGAAAUCGGGGAGCAUCGCUGUCAGCAGGCGGUUACCACUGA